GUCACGUGACACUGCCCUGCGUGCGGGCAAGGUUUUCUGCCGAAGAAGUUAGAAGACGCAAUUCGAGUGGGGGAAAAAAAAAGACGCAACCGCUCUCGGACAUCAGUUUUUUUUUUCCUUCCCUUUUAUUAUUAUUCUUUUCUUAUGAACGUCGCCGUCGCAUGUUUGGAUCGAAUAGUUCCUGGAACUUGUGAUGACAGCAGAGCCAAAUGCAUCAAGUUGCUUCUGCGAAACUUGGAGAGAUGCUGCUAGUCAUCGAAGUCACAUCUUAGGAGCUGUAGAAAUGCAAAGGUUACAAACGCACUAUUCAGUUGGACCAAAACAUAACCCAUCGAGUUGCUCUAUAUUAGCAGAUCAAGCCUCCGCUUGCAAAGACUUGAAAGAAACGAUCCCUCCAGUCAGAAACGACACAGAUGGUGCUGAACUUUACCUCGAAUCACUACAGUCCAAAACACAGACCAUUUUCAAUUCCUCGAAUCAAAGCCUUCAAGACUAUUUUUGUCCAAACCAAUGUCCACAAACUAAGGACCACAUGCACAGCUCAAUAGGAAGUAAGCAACUUUCACAAAAUAAGUUACAAAAAACUGAUGGAAAUCUAUUUCCAGCGCACAAGUGCAAGCCCAUUACUUCUGAAGUUCAAGUUAAUUCCGAAAAUUUGAAUACAAAAAUGAAAAAGGAACAACAAAAUUGUUCUGUAAGCACCGCAUCCUCUUCCCACCAACUCAGAACUGCUGGUAAAAAAUGCCCAGCUGCUUUACAAACUCAAUUAUUAUCAGAAAAGUGUUCCUCAUUAGAUGUUAGGCCAUCAGAUGCAAGUAAUGUAAGUGACUCAGAAAGUGAACGGUCCUGUUUUGCGGAAGCAAAUGCGUCUGGUGAAGUGAUUUCUCCUCCAGUUCUCGUGAAUGGAGAAGAAAUUGACUUCCUAGACAGUACCUCAACGUGUAGCCUUCUUCAAAAAUCUCCUUCAAAUUCGGGUCAAGUCAGUGAAUCCAAACUUACAUGGGAACCGCCAUUUUACACCAAAGAAUCAAGAAGCUCAUCCUUCGACCAAUGCUCCCCCUACUCAUGUGGAACUUCGAAUACUCUUGGGGUACGCGUUUCGUAUCUUCAAGGUGAUAAUAACGUAAGAAAAGCUUCUUUGCCUUUGGCAAGUACCGAACCUGAAGCAUCAGCGUCUCAACCGGACCUUUGGAACAUCAGUGGCCCCCUGAGAACUUUUGCAAGGUGCGGUAGGAACUCAUUGCCUAGGAUCACAUACAGUAAGUCCAAAGAUACGCACACUGUGUCCUCGGCUGGUGAAAAUCGUCCAAUUUACCCUUCGCUGCCUUUUUCGCCAUUUUGCUCACCCAACUCAUCCCCCCGACUCCCACGGCACGAGACGAAAGAACGCAGCAAAGUAUCGCACCAACUCCAUUCUAACUACGAACAGCUGAACCAUUAUCGUCUCAAAGGUGAAAUAGGACAAGGGUCUUUUGGUAUCGUAAAGUUAGCGUACAACGAAGCAGACAAUACUCAUUACGCAAUGAAAGUGCUUUCGAAAAAGAAACUCAUGCGGAGAGCCGGACUGUACGGUCGAGUCCCACCUACAAGAGAUGGUCAUAAAUCUCGGAUUGGACCUUUGGAGCAAAUAUACAGAGAAAUAGCAAUUUUAAAGAAGCUUAAUCAUCCUAAUGUCGUGAAAUUAUUUGAGGUUUUAGAUGACCCUGAUGAGGAUAACUUGUACAUGGUGUUCCAGCUUAUUCAGAGAGGACCAGUGAUAAAUGUGCCUACAAAUGAUCCUUUGCCUGAAACAAAAGCGUGGCAGUAUUUCAGGGACAUAGUUAUGGGAAUUGAAUACUUGCAUUACCAGAAAAUAGUGCACAGGGAUAUUAAACCGUCCAAUUUGCUAUUAAGUGACGAUGACAGAAUUCUGAUUUCAGACUUUGGAGUGUGCAACCAGUUCGAGGGUGUGGACGCGUUCUUAUCAGAUACGGCUGGAACUCCGGCUUUUGUUGCUCCGGAAGUUCUUAAAGGUACAAGGGAAGUUUACAGUGGAAAGGCACUUGAUAUCUGGCAAAUGGGGAUCAGUCUAUACGCAUUUGUUUAUGGAGAUGUUCCAUUCCAAGACUCAAAUAUCUUGGCUCUUUACACCAAGAUAAAAUCGUAUCCUGUACCUUUCCCAGAGCAAUACAACAUAAGUGAUAAUUUAAAGUACCUUUUGAGCAAGAUGUUGGAGAAAGAUCCGAAGCAGAGAAUAACAUUAAAGGGAAUAAAGGAAGACAACUGGGUGACGAAGAACGGGCUUUGUCCCCUGCUGUCGGAACAAGACAACUGUACACGUGUUGAGAUCACGCAAGACGACAUACAAAAAUCCAUUCAGUCUGUUCCAAAAUUAGGAACACUGAUACUUGUUAAAAGCAUGUUAAAGAAACACUCUUUUAGCAAUCCUUUUAAAUACAGUAACGCCUAUGGAAAGAAAGUUCCAGCAAAUUCAAAGAAUGCUUCAUCUUCAGAAUCACUUUUGGAAAGGAAAACCUUACCUGCCUUACUAGAAGUUAACAGUGCAAACAUUGAAGAGCAAUGAGUUUGUCAUCUUUUAAAUCUACAUUGAAUGCAUUUAAAUAUGUACAUACAGCUUUUUGUAUCAACUACAAGCAUUAACUUAUUUCAUCUCUUUAACAUUCGAACUGAUAAAUAUUUUAGCUCAGCUUUCUAUAAGAUUUUUCUCUCUCUUUAUCCUUUUGAAUCGAAUCUUAUACGCUUAUAUUAUAAACAUUCAAUUCUACAUCUAUUUUAAUAAAGUAUUUUGAUGUGGUUUUCUGAUUUAUUGUAUUGUUUAAAAAUUCAUACAGUACAUCUAUUCUUUUCAAAUAAAACUAUUUGCAAAAAAGACAAUGGCAAUAACCGUGAACCACAAGAAAAGAAAAAGCAAAUGAAAGAAAAAAUACCAAGAAAUGAAACAAACCAAAAACAAAAAUUACAGAAAAAUAAAAAUAAAGAUAACUAGAAGAAAAGGGGGAAUGUCAACCACAUAACAAAAACAAGUUAAAAAUAGACAAAGCAAGAUAG